CACAAGGUCACUUCGUCAGGUAGAUUCGAAAUAGCCCGCGUGAUGGAUUUGACGAUUUUGUCUGCUCCAGAUGAAUGCCUGCCUUGUGAUCCUGAGUGUUUGCUAAUAUUUUGCUACAUCAGGUUGAAAGGGGCACGUAUGAACAUAAAGAUGAAGGUACCUGAUCAGUUUACUGUUGAGAGCUUCCCAGUUCUCAGUCAUGAUAAUAAGGAUUACCACAGAAUCCCAAUUGUCCUAACGUAUUUGAGGAAAGAAAAUUAUGGCUUAGAAUAUGACUUAUCUGACAUUGAGGGUGUUCAGUUGUGUGCUUUAAUUUCAACUAUAGAACGUCGUUUAGCUCCUGCUAUUAAUUGGUUCCUAUGGGGUGACGAUUUUGUUUAUACUAAUUUCACUAGAAAAAUGUAUUUUGGAUCAAUUGGACUUAUUAAACAGUUAUAUAUUCCUUAUAUCUGGCGUAACAAAAAGUUAAAUAAGGCAAAGUCUUCUCAGUUAGUUAUUUGUCUUAAGAAUAUGUCCGAUUCAGAAAUAGGCGAGUAUUUAUAUUCACUGGCCAAACUGUGCAUUACAUCACUUGCUUACAUUUUGGGUGAAAAUACAUAUUUUAUCGGCGAUCGACCAACUGCAGUCGACGCUUAUGUGUUUGCAUUUAUGUGGCCCUUAUUAAUGUAUGAAUCACAGCAUGGUGAUUCUAAUUGGUGGGAUAUCGACUACAACUCGUUAUCAUCAACUUGUUUACAAUCAGGUUCACAUCAUUUAAUCACACAUCUAUUACAAUGUCCUAAUCUAAUUAGAUUUUUUAAGAACAUCUCAUCGAAAUACUUUCAGAAACAUACAAAAUGUUUUAGAAAAGAAAAAUCUUCAGUUAUCGACAAAUCAGUUGUAUCUCAUCCGAUUCGUGAUUGUAUUCUCUGGGGUACUGGAGUAGUUGGUUUAUUUCUAACUUAUGCUUAUUGUUCAAAUAAUCUACGGAUUUUACAAAGGUUCCACAGAUCUCGAUCAACCUAAGUGCUAACUACAGUCGCUACUGUUAUUUAUUGUUUUAUAUUCCCUGAAUUGUGUGUAUUAUCUCGCAUUUCUCUCUCCAAAUAUCCUUCCUAUUCUCGUAAAUCUUCUUGAACCCAUUGUCAAUUCACACAAUUUUCUACCCUUCCGUUUUAAAAAUCUCGAUUCUGUAUGAUUUUACAACUUUCCGAUUGCAUAUGUGAAUAUUACUACUUCCAGUACCUUUUUUGUUCCUAUGUCAUCCUGGUUGUUCUCCUUGUUCUAGUGUUAAUACAAAGAGAUUUGUUUAUACAUUCUUACCUGAAAUGAUGGUGAUGUGUUCUCUGAACUAUUUAGUUUAAUUACUGAGAAGAAUUAGGCUCUAAAGAUGUCCGAAAUAAAAAUUAAUGAAAGCUCAAGCUCAGAGAACACAUUAAGUUGUUGUCUUUGACUGUUUGUUAUGCAUUUCUUAAAAGCUUCCUCUCUAUCAUUAUCUUAUGCUUGUUUUUAUCACAAAACAUUCAUUGUUACAUCCCUUCUCAAUGCCAGGCAUAAUCAUUAGCAGUAGUAAAAAUGUGUCAGAGAUGAAAAGAAUGUACGGUAGUUUUUGUAUUACUUUAGUGCACUUUUGUAAAUAUAGAUCUUUAUAAUUUUUAGAACACUUGUUUACUCUUAAUUUCCUGGGUUAAUAUUGUGGUAUAGCAUUGUAGGCCGAUGCACACGUUUGUCAACUGUUUGAACGUUGAUUAUAACUGACUGUUUAAACAGUGUAUUUUGUCAAGUAAAUUGGCUGAAAGCUUGUUAAGGCAUCAGGUAUUUCCAGUAGUUGUGGUUCAGUCAUGAAGAUUAGUUAAAAACAGUGAGAAAGGCGGAAAUCAUAUUUAUUGCCAAAAGACUUAAUUUCAAUUUUAUCGAGAAAGUAAUUUAUGCAACUUGACUAUACGAUGGAUAAAUAUUUGAAGGGAUCUGUCUAUGGUUCGGAGCAGCCCCCAAAUGCCCUGGUACGGUCGAGAGUGAGGAGAGUUCGCUCUUCCUCUCGAAACGCCCUCACAUGACGACGCCUAUAUAGCCUCUGCUAGGGAAGUC